UGCGGAUUUAUGAAGCUACCACUGCUUACAAAAACAAAGUUUUACCGCCUGGCUUCGCAGUAUAGAAAGGAGUUCAAGUUGUGCAAGAUUCAGUCAGGAUACGAAUGUGACCCUGGGUCACCUCGUGUCUUGUUCACUGCAGUCACUUAUCUUCGCAUCAAAACUUUCUGCUCAUACGAUUACGAUUCAAAUAAGCACACCUAUUUUCCAUUCCUGUGCAAAACGGAACUUGUAUUAAAACACAAUGCCAUCUUCGCCUGCGAGACCGCGGGCCGUGGCCGCCACUAGUUCUGCAGCAGCAUUGCUAGCAGCUCCGAAGCAAUUCAAAUUUGAAGAGUUUUCCGCGGAACAAGAUCAGCAACUCGGUAAGAAGCGAGCAAAGAAACAACAUAGAGAGCAGCAGCUUCCGAAGCAGCAGGCGAAAAAGCAAGAAUCGCUGCUGCCGGCGGAGGACGAAGAUUUAUUUGAUGCGGGUCGAGAAGGUAAACUAAAUGUCGAACAACAAGAAGAACUUCUCUCCGAUUUCGACGACGACGAGUGCUCUUCUGAUGCUUCUGAUGAAGACUCCUCCUCUUCCUCUUCCGCCGCGGCCAAAAAUCCCGUGCUGGACCAGUGGUUUUCCGAGGAAAAUCCGUCCUUCGGGGGCAAGCGGGAUUUUGUGCCAGGCGACAGUAAUAAGGAGGAAGUAGUUUUCGAAAUCUCCGACCCCACCGCAGCGGAGGAACUUCUGAACAUCACAAGUAGGCACGAAUACAGGAAAGUCGGGGAAGCAGGAAGCAGUAGUAGUAGUAGUGGCGACAGGAAGGACAAGAAAACCGAAAACAAGAACGACUGGGCGAAUCACAAGCUGAUCACGGGGAAAAAGAACAUCAAAAUGUCGGCAAGGGUCUUCAUAUCAAAUGAAAAAGUGUCGUACAACUCGUACUAAUCGUGAUCAUGACAGAACUGGUUUCUGAAGCAAUAUAUUGAAGACCGUAACAAAUUCCAUUUGUCAUGCUGCGAUAGUGUGUAAAAAUGUAGUGUACUACGUGCAAUUAGUGGUACGAUAGUACUUUUGCAAUGCAUACUUCAAUCAGCUGCUCGAACACCAGAUCCAAGCGACAACCUGGAUGCUUGCGCUGUUGCAAGAGAAUCAGGGCGGCAUCCUCGCCGACGAGAUGGGUAUGGGCAAGACCGCAUCUAUUUGCGGUUACCUCCACGCCCUCCGACAGUCCAACAUCCACAGCAAACACGUGCUAAUCCUCGCCCCGAAAUCCGUGCUGCCGAUUUGGCUGGACCACGCGAAGUGGCUGCUGCCCGAGUGGAAAACGGUUGUCGAAGCGGCGGAUACCGACCAAAUUCAGACCAAGAAAACGCGGGACCGGGUCGCGGAGAUCACGCGGUCGGUGUCGGGGGGAAUUUUGAUCGCCAGCUACGACCAGCUGGUCCGCAACUCGCCGCUCUUCAAGUACAUCGCGUACGAUUCUGCUUUGGACGACAACGUGAUGAACCAGCACAACCAGACGGAGUUCCGCAACGCGAGCGCGUUCAACAAAUUGGAAACCGUGGAGGACAAGGCGUUUCACAACCAGCCGAAGGUGGUGGUGGAAGUGGAGGAGGGCGGGGAGGAAAACGAGGAGCAGGGUGGGACGAUCGGCGGGAGGUUGGUCAUGCGGAAGAAGAAUGAGCAGAAGAUGAAGAAGCGGAAGCUUGUCACGCGGAAGGAGUGGGAUUUGGUGGUAUGAUGGAUUUGUCGUAGAAGUUUACGGCUUUGUCGUCCUGAUAGUGAUGCAACAUGCAUCCAAUGGGAUUGGAUUCAUGCAUAAUUUGUUGCAGCAAUUGAUGUUCAUCGUUAAGAUGUUGAUGAUGCUAUGUGAAACUUUUUCUUCUACGUCGUCAUCGGCAAACAAAACAUGCCUUCUAAACUCCACCAGGUACUCGACGAGGGGCACGUGCUGAAGAACCCGCGCACCGCCAAACACUCCGCCGUCGCCUCCAUCAAGGCAAAACAGAGAAUAAUGUGCUCUGGCACCCCUCUGCAGAACAAACUCACCGAACUGCAUUCGCUCUUGUCUCUCGUGACCGAGGGCGCCGUGGUCGGCAGCCAAGCUGAUUUUAAUCGGCGCUUCCGUAAGCCGAUGGAGAAGGGCUCGCUAGCGGACUCGACGGAGGAAGAGAUCGAGGCGAAAACCAAGGCGGCCAAGCGGUUCAAGGAGGAGUUUUAUGGCGUAGUCAAAUGUUACAUUCUCAACUGGUACUUACAUGAUUUGUCAUGCAAAAACACUAUCACUCUUAACGCUAUCAAGCCUUCUCCGCAUGACAACUUCUCGACGCGCUAGAUAGCAUUAUAAUAAAUAUGCUCCAAACCUGUAAUGCAAAAGGCGCAACGUUUUCCCUUUCACUUUUGCCAUUCUUGCAUUACAAAUUUUAUGUAACAGUUGAGAAUGUCACGUUUGAGAGAGCCAUAAGUUUCUGAAGUCGUUUGUGAUGCGGCGCAAGAAGGACAGCAUCGAGAAGGACAUUCCAACGGGGUUUGUCAAGCGCGAGUUGGAGUACAAGGCCGGCAAGGACCUGCUGGAGGGACACUUGUCGCAAGAGGAUCCACAACUUCAUGGAGGUGGUGCCGGUGGAAAGCUGAAUGCUGAUGCAACCUCUGGCGCUUCUGCUUCCGCGACCUCCUCUUCCUCUGCCGCGGUGAAUUCAGUUGUCAAGAUGAAAGUGGAAGUUCCGUCCUUGGAUGCGAAAAAGACCGAGGUAGUUCUUUUGCUUGAAGGUUUUGGUAUAUUCCGAGCAACAUUUUGAUGAUGGGACGAUGCCAUGCAUGAUGCAGCUAGUACUUCUACUGCGUGACGUCCUUGAUGUAUGUCUGGUGUGUGGUUGCAAUGAAAAACAAGAUGUUUUACUCAUAGUUUUUUACUCAUCACAACUUGUCGAGAUCCUCGUGUGGUGCCCGGUGGUCAAGGACUCCAUUCAGGAGAAGAUGUACAAAAAAGCUCUCAAUACCCGGGAUAUGCGGCGGCUGUUGCGGGAAUUGCAACAACAGGGGGAGUUUGGGGAGAACUGGAAGAACGGAAACGCAUUGGCGCAGAUUGCUAAGCUGAAGCUGCUCUCCAACCACGCAGUGCUGGGACUGAGGAAGCGCGACCAGGUGCAACUUAGAUAGGACUUUUCUUCUUACAGGCUGGCGCGGUCGCCUUCCUGUUAUUUGUCGCACAGUCAGCAGUAGACGCUGGGUGAGGAUGUUUUGCGGAGUUGCAAAGUAAAAUGCCGUUACUUGCCAAAACACUUACUCAGAAAUGGAACACGGAACUGGGCCCGGAUGACGAACUCGACGAGGAUAAGCUGGAUCAAUCCCCAGAGGGCAUUGUCGAGUCCAGCAGCAAGUUUCAGGUGAUUCUCCAUCUGGUCCAACAGUGGCGGAAAAACCGCGAGAAGUUCGUUAUCUUCUCGAGCUCAACACAGAUGUUAAACUUGCUGGAAUACGCCAUUUUCGAGCCCCGGAACUACAACGUCCUGCGCCUCGACGGCAGUACAACAUCGCGGGAACGGAAGGACGCGAUCCGGAGUUUCCAGGACGAGAAGACGAAUCGGUUGAUCAACGGAAUGCUGCUGUCUACGCGCGCGAUGGGUCAGGGGGUGACCCUUACUGCUGCCUCGAAGUGUAUUAUCGUCGACCCGGACUGGAACCCGACGGCGGAUGAACAGGCGAUGGAUCGCAUUCACAGAAUCGGACAAGACCAGGACGUCGAAGUCUUCCGGUUGUUCACCAAGAGUUUCAUCGAGGAGCACAUGUGGUGUUUGCAAACCAUGAAACGGAUCAUCACCAAGUCCGCCUUCGAAAGUGAGGAACAAAAAAGGUAUAUUUGUGGUGCCUUGCUGGGAGAAAGAGAAUUGUAAUGAGGUUAGAUGCAGCCGGUUCAUCUGGGUAAUCAGAAUGUCAGGCUCCUCUUGUCAUGCGUGAUAGAAAACCGUUACCGUAAAAAUUGAAAAACGCUAUCAGGUUAAUCGCCCAGGCGGAUCUGAAGAAGUGCUUCACACUCGGCCGGGAACCAGCCGCCCACACCUACUGCGAACUGCUGGCGAAAGACGACGGAGUCGCGAAGUCGUUCGCAACGGCGAAAAAAUCCGACGAGACCAGCCUGCUGAAGAAGUGUCUGCUCAGCAACGGGAACACGGUGCUGGACGUGAUCAAAAAUUCUCCGGACGACGUGGACUUUGGCGACUUGGAAGAGGACGGCAGUGACGAAGAGGAGAGUGAGGACGAGGACAGCUUUUUGCAGCAGGGGGCGAAGAAAAGGAGGAUCGGGAUGUAGAGGCAUAGACGAGCUGUACGUUGUUUCCGGAAAGGCUAGAGUGGUUGCGACUUAAACUACACAAAAAAUUCGCGAAGUGCAGUGCACCUCGACCUCCCUCGUAGCAGAUCUCUUAUCGUUUCGCAACAUCAACAUCCUGAUGUCCCUGGAACUGAAAUUAAGCGCUUAGCACGUUUAUUGUAGCUUGUCCAUCUGGGAGGUCUGAGAACUGUGCUUUGUUUAUGUAACUCAAUCAAUUCGAUCACUCUGAUCCGCUUUUCCACGACGGGCGACUCUGGUUUACCAGGCCAUUUCGGUGUCAUCAAUGAAUCUCGAAAGAACUUGAUUUGUCAAAAAAAAUUUUCAUCGUGAAGGUCUCCUUGUAAAACUGCUUCCAGAAAAAAACGGUUCCCCAGCAUCCAGACUUGUAUUGUAGCAGUAGCAGAGCAAAUUAUUUACUUAGAUUUACUGAAAGUAUUGUAAAAGAAGCAGAGCUGCAAGUUAAAAAAGCUUUCGAGAACUACUCCAUUCUGAACUACUUGAUGACCUCUUCAUGUAAGAUUUUAGCUUUGAUCUCUUUGUUAUCCCACCCUGUCUCGCUUUCGAAACGAUGAAUGUACUAGAAACAAACCACAGAGAAAAACAGUCCCUUCCGGUGGCGCGAAAUUCUCAACGUCGAUUUCACUCUUACAGGCAAUUAAAUUUUCCGGGGUUCCUUUGUUCGCCAAAGACGAAGAUGGUCGACGAU